CAUUUCCGGGUUAUGUGACAUCAUUUCCGGAAGAAAGAAAGGUCCUCUGGUUUCUUAGUAACGGCAUAGCAACUAGACGGCGAGCCUGAAAAGCGGAGUUGUCUCUUGUCUGGCGCUGGUGCCAUGACCCGGGCGGGUAACCUGUGCCUGAGCUCGGCCGGAGCGCAGGUGUCUCUGGCCACUUCCAGCGAUGACAGACACCCGGCCGAGCACAUCAUUGACGGAAAUCCAGAGACGUUUUGGACAACGACAGGAACGUUCCCUCAGGAAUUCAUUAUCAGUAUGAAUGGCUUACAGAAGAUUGGAAAAAUCCUCAUUGACAGUUCAUUAAUACGAAGCUUAAAAAUCUACACCAGCGCAUCCAAAGAACCAACAAAUUUUGAGACGUGCGUGGAAAGAGACCUUGAACAUGUGGAAGAACAGUUCCAGACAGAGGAGAUCGCUAUUCCUGGGGUUCAGGCGAUUCAUUUGCGUUUUGUGAUCCUCUCUGGAUACGAUCAAUUUGUCGCAGUGCGCAGUGUAUCUGCAGAGAGUAUGAUAUAGACUGUGGGCGACCAUCAAGCUAAAGGACUAACCCAGGAACAUGAUUCUUACUUACCUUUGGAAGACCUGGCUACUGAUUCUGAAAUAAGAGGAAGACGUGAAAUGUAUGGAACGACUUUUUUUUUGCCAACAUAUGUUCAUUACUUUUCUACAAGAAAUAAAUACUUCUAUUUUGUGUUUGAAUAAUUUGAUUUAAUAAAAUACCGUAUUUUUCGCUCUAUAAGACGCACCUGCCCUAGGUUUUAGGAAAGGAACAUUAGAAAAAAUAUAUUUUUCAU